AGACAGUGAAGGUGAGAAGUACAAAAGGCUACUUUUAUCAAAUCUAAAUUUCUAUGUUAUUAAGUCUACAUUUGGCAUAAAUACACAUGGUUUCAAAGAGAAAUAUAGUUAAGGUUGCCAUACAGUCUAUAUUUUGAGUUCGAGAGGCUGUGAUGAGAAAAAUAUCACUUGGAUAGUUUUACAAAGUUGACAAGCGCCGGAUUGAGGCCGUUCAGAUGCAUACACCAAAAUGCAUCUAUAUUUAGCCUAAACGCUAACUGGGAUACAACAGUAUUCCCUUAUUGUGUGUGUUAGUGGCUAAACGGACAAACCCUACCACAGUGGCUAGUUUAGCGUCCUCAUUGGAUCUACAUGGCUAUCUCGUCAAUGUCCUGAAUUCAUGAACUUAUGUGUAUCUAGCUAACGUUAGCCAGAAACGUUAGUGUUGUUUUUCCGUGCCUGGAAGAAGACUCGAGAUGCCAGGAAGACUAUGGAGCAAGGCUAUCUUUGCCGGGUACAAGCGUGGCCUGAGGAACCAGCGGGAGCACACCGCCCUGCUCAAGGUGGAGGGAGUUUACACAAGGGAGGAAGUUGACUUCUACCUGGGCAAGCGCUGUGCUUAUGUCUACAAGGCCAAGAAGAACACAGUGACGCCUGGUGGCAAGCCCAACAAGACGCGGGUAAUCUGGGGCAAAGUCAUGCGCGCUCAUGGCAACAGUGGAAUGGUGCGGGCAAAGUUCAGCAGUAACCUCCCCGCAAAGGCCAUGGGACACAGAGUCAGAGUGAUGCUGUACCCGUCUCGUGUGUAAUUUACAUGUUUGUGUACAUACAUUAAACAACUCAGUUCCACAA